UUUAGACCACAUGUAGGUUUUUGGUUAAAGCCAUGGAGCAGAUUCCAUAAUUGAGUUCAAGUUCCAACUUUGCCACUGACCUAGCUGAGUGAUUUUACUUGCUUGUGUUUGCUUCUGCAACCAUAAAACUUGGAAUAAUAAUAGCACUUAUUGUCUGGGUUGUUGAGAAGAUUUGGAGAGAUGAUGCUCACUGUGUCCUGAGCACAGAGCCAGCAGAUAGUAUAGUUCAAUAAAUGGAAGCAGUUUUUAUUGUUUUGAUGUUUUUGAACACAGGUAGAUGUAAAGCACACUAAGUUUCAGAUGGAGGCAUGCCUGCUACUCACAGGGUCAUGGGGUUCCUUAGUACCUUACCUGACCCUUUCUAAUUUUUUACUUUGUCAGGUUAUAGCCACUGGCUUUUUCGGGGGGGACAUUGGGUUUCAUGUUCUAUUAUAGGAGGCCUGUAAUUAUCCCAUUUCUGUCUCAACCAAAGUCUGAAACCCUGCCACUGGCUCAUUUAUUCCAAAAGCUAUUUGCAAUUGUAUGGUAGGUAGUACAAAUGUAAGAGGUGAGAUACCGCAAGAUUAUUUUGAAAGUAUGGAGAGCCCAACUUUGAGAAAGAAGUAAGGAAAGGGAGAAGUGGAAGUGUUUGGUGUUAUGCAGUGCUCAUUGUAGGAUCUCAGAAAUGUUUGUGUUCUGGACAGGUCCUUUAUGGACAGAGUACUGGUCUCUGGAGUCUUAAAGACCAGUUUCAAAUUGUAUCAGUGUUAUUCAGGUGUUGUGUCAACUUGGCAAAGUUAUGUUUAUCUCUCAGUUUUGGCUUCCUUGUCCAUAAAAUGGAGACAACAUGGAGCUUAGGGAAGAUUGAAAAAGCAGGUCUGCAAGCACGGCACCCUAAAAGGAGCUCAACAAGGCUUUCUUGGUUUUGAGAGAACUGAAAGUGACCUAUGAAUGUUUGGGGAGCAGCCAGUAUUGUAACUUGUGUGUGUAUGUGUACGUGUGUUUUGUGUUUAUGCCAAGAAUGAUGUUAGCUGUGACGUCCCAUGUCAGGUAACUAGACUGUCCCUUUGCCCAGGACUGAGAGGUUACCAAGAUGCAGGACUUACAGUGUUAAAACCCAGGAAGUCCCAGGCAAACUGGGACAAGUUGGUAGUCUUCCUGCUAUGUGCAAAUGCCUUUAUAGACAUUAUCUCAUUAAAUCUGCAAACCUAUCUAAUGAGGUAGGUACUCACAUUGUUGCCAUUUUAUGUGAGAAAAGGACACUUGGAGAGAUUAAGCAACUUGCUCAAGCCACACAGCUAAUUCAUGCGAAGGGCAGGAUGUAAACCCAGACCUGUCCAGAUCUGGAGCCCAACACUUUAACCACCAUGCUCUGGGUAUUUGGACUUCUCCAAAGGCACAGUCUCUUAUUGCCACUCACUUCUACAUUUCCAGAUCAUUGCUAGACACCCUCCCCAUCUUCCUUUCUGUCACCAACACUUCCUGCUGCCCAACCUGGCCUCCAGCAAAGGGAGACACCAGCUGAGUCAAGCCCAGUCUUGUGUCUGGUCACAGCAGAGGUUUCCUUUCCUUAGUAACAGACGCUGAAGCCUAGUUACGGGUCCCAGGAUCUGGGUACAUGCACCUCAAAUACUAAAACAGCUCAGAGAGUAGAGAGGAGUUCAGGCUGCCAAGGAUAUUGUUUGGUGGGGUACUUCCUCCCUCUCCUCUCUAUUAAUAUGUAACUCUGCUUCAGUUUUUCCUCUACAGUGAACUCAGUGUGUUCCUGGAAAAGUUCUAUGAGAGGAGCCACUCAGUAGAAGGGAAGAGUGGCCAGAGCAGGAGUUGGAACCACAGCAAAAUGCUCAGCAGCACUCCAAUGCCGUCUGUUCAUUUUCUAGCUUCCCUUCCUCUCCUUUCCUACCAGGGGACUCCUCAGGGGGCUAAAGUCUGUGACCUCAGAGAGGAAGCCUUGUGAACAGAGUUCAGAAUGUCUUGAAAGUUCCAUUUUCAGUGUCAUCCCCACUGUGGCAAAACGAAGUGUGAAUUUCAGAGCCACUGGUAGGAGAGGAUCAUCUCUGGAGAAACUAAGAGUACUUUAUUCAUUUUUUUAAAUAGUUCCAAUUAGAAUGAACAAUACAAGUAACAUGGAUUGCUCAUCUCAAAAGGUGGGUAUGAAUUUUAAGGUGUAUUUUUUUUAUUCUGUAUUUUCAACAUACAGAGAACUUGGGAAUGGGAGAGAAGGGGAUGUUUUUAUCAUAGACCAAUUGUAAUGUCAGAUCCCCUUGAAUGAGCAAGUACACUAAUCACAUUCUUUUAUUGUGUCUUUGGAAGUAUGCUUUUUGCUGGUUUGGGCUCUUGGACAUCCUCAAAUUUUGCUGUGAAAAUUUCAGGAAUAUAAACACUUGUUCUUUCCCUUCCAAAGCUAUUAGGCCAUAUAUCCCAUACAACAGUUCCCAACACUGGAUGUACCUCAGAAUACCCUGGAGAGCAUCUUGAAAAUUUAAGAGACUUGGCCUUAUUCCCAAAGAUUCUGAACCAGAAGGUUUGGAGUGGGACUCUGGAAUCUGUGUUUUUAACUAGACUCUGCUGUUGCAGGUCCUCAGCAAACAUUUGGGACUGGCCACUGUGAAGGACCUGCACAUAUAACAUGUAGUCAGAAAUAAGCCACCAGAAAGUAACAGUUCCGCCCGGUGUAGAUGCCAGAAUAUUGGUUGUAAAAGCCAAGAUCCACUAGGUUGCCAUAUAUUGAAAUGCCUAAAGGUGCAUUUUAAAUUGAAACUUUAUGAAAUAAAAGUGGAUUUAUUGAUAAUGACUGGGCCCACCCCCUGAAUUGAAAACUCCCUGCAAUUUGCCAGAGAAAUACUUAAACAUUAAUACUUUUAACAAACCAUUUUGAAGAGCUGGAUAGCUCUUUAAAAAAUCUUCAUCUCUUUCCCCUAGAAGGUACCACAGAGAAUUCUUAGCCAGGUGUGGUUAAGAAAACUCUGUUUUGUUCUGGAAUGAUUUCUGAUCUGCUGAUCUUGUUGUGUCCUGUGUGUUCCCAUUCUGUGGACUGAGAUGUGUACUGCUGUCGGUAUUUUUGGCUCUGUGUGUAUAAGCCUUAGUCUGUGCCUGUUGAGUAGCUCAAAAUUUAAUUUGUUCUUCAGAGGCUCUGCUUCUCUCCAUUGUGUUCUAAAAAAUGUUUAAUGUUGGCUUACAUCUUUGCAAAGUGUUGUUUUGCUUUCCUUAUUAUCCCCAGGAUUGUUUAUCUCUUUAAUGACUGAGCUGCCUCUGUGUCCAUUUGUUGACUGACCAUCUCUUAGUAUGGAGGAACAUAAAUAUAAUUCAGUGGCUGAGACCUAAAAGGGAAUCUAUGGUCUCAAGUUACUGAGAAGUCCAAACUGGAUCCAGAGGUCCAGCUGACGUCACUGGGAGUCUUUCACCUCCUGGUGGCUCUGCUUUCUUCUAUGUUGACUUUAUACUAAGGAAGACUUUUUCCCCAUAAGACAUAAGGCUGAGAUGGCUGUUGAGAGUGCCCCUUUUUUAAUAGCUCUGGUGAAAGUGUCAGGAGAGACUCUGAUCAGCCCAGGAUGGGACAUGUGCCUGUCCCUGAAUGAGUAGCUGUAUCUAGGAGGCUGGUGUAUUCUCAUUGGCCAGACCUGUGUCACAUGCUCUUCCCUGCAGCCAGGGGAUGGGAUUAGCCCAGUGUACAACAUAGACUGAAAUUAGAACCAGUUAUGUCUGCUAGGACUCUUUCCACUUCUUUUGGUAGGAAGAGUAACUUCCCCAUUAGUGUCAGUGCUGAAAUUUGCUUUAUCCCAACCAUGAGAAGCAUGAAUGCCAGAAUUCCUCUGAAGUAAUGUUAACAUCAUCCUCCAUUGCAAAAGGCCAGGGUUUUUUGGUUUAACUAUUCAUUCCCUGUCUUGUAACUUACUCAAGAUGUCCGGAAUUUGUGGUCCUGGCUUGUUAUUCUUUUAAUGAAGAUUUUUAUUUGAAAUAUAUUUAAAAGGUAGGCCAAGGGAAAGAUUUUGACUGCCUACACUGACCACCUUGUUGCUUGCAAAGAUGAAACACUGACAGUGCUAACCUAUCAAUCAGUUUUCAUUGUAUGCCUGGGAUUCUGCAGGAAAUCAUCAAUGACCUCACAUCCCUGAAAGUACUGCUGCCAGAAUCGACCUUGGCUGGUAUAGUAUAUCCACUUCUAAUGACCAGGUUCCUUUCAGGUUGAUGCUGGGUUUUUUUUUCAUUUUGUUCAACUCAUCAGGGCAUAUCUGAUAUUAAUUUCAGUAGUGAAAAGAGGGGCCUCUUGAAGAUGACUGGUUAAUCUUAGAUCCUUGAAAUUGGGGUCAACAGCAGAGAGGCAGACAUAGUGAUCUAAACACAAAGCAAGUUUUAUGCAGCAGGGUCAGUGGGUCUCAAACUCAUGUUUGAGGUGAAGCCCAUGCAUCCUUAUUUUUAAUAAAGUUCUAUUGGCGCCACUAUAUUUGAGAGCCAUUGAAUUAGACCACUAAAUCAGUGAACUUGUUUUAUGUUUUGAGAUUCUAGGCUCAAGAUAUAUCUGUUUCAUGUUUUGAGAUUCCAGGAUCAAGAUAUAUCUGUUUGCAUGUUUUUGUUUAAGAUCAACAACCUUCUUAAUUUGCUGUGUAAGUGAUACUUGCCAUUUCUGAUAUGUUGGAAGCAGAAUGAUGUGUGUUUAAAAGCACCUCUUGUGUGGGUAGGAUGUAUUCCUAUCCUCUCUGAGCCUUAGUUUGUUCAGGUACCACAUGGGUAUGAAAAAUUUCAUAAGGUUGUACAGUGCCUGGUGCUUAGUAAUCUGGAGUAAUGACACAUGUUGUUAUUCUUCUUAUUAUCUUAUGAGGUUGAAUCAUCAUCAGGGGGUUUGUUGGGACUAAUAUCAGAUUCAUAUGCCCCCUACCCCCUGCCAGUUACUCUGCAUGACAUAAUUUGCUGUAAUUAUCAAAUUAAAUAUAUCAAUGAUUAUUCAAUAAUUAGUUUUAUCUUGCACAGGAGUUAAGUCUAAAUUACUCCUUGCCUAAGGUGAAAAACCACAGAGAACCAAAACGACCAUGAAAAUCCCUUAAACCAUCUUUAAAGGGCUAUACUGCUAACACCUCUCAAGUCCAGCCCAGCAGUUUUCCUUCAGUGUUGGAACAAAUUAUGUUUGUCAAUCACAGCCCCAGAUGAAGUAUUUGUCUUGCAAAUGGUUGUCAGAUAGAACACACAUGGCAUUGUUCAACACUGCCAUCACUUUCAGCUCUACUCAAGAGAGACCCUUGGCACUGAGAGUGGCCAUGGGAGUCACAAGCUUACCCCCACCUGAGGCUUACUCCCAAAUGUAUACUCACUAAAUGGAAUGGUAGACUCAAAUCCCCACACUGUUUAAGUGAUACUUUUUCUUUUCACAAGAAGCAACAAGAGUUGCUUAUAUGUGUGUUAAACACAUGUAAAAUACAAUGCCACUACAUGAGCGCAUUUCUUUGUGGAAUUUUGUGUAUGUGAAAUGCAAAUGUCAAUUUUUUAAAGUCAAACUCAUUUAAUCACAGCCCUGAGUGGGAUCCUUAGGGUGCCUUCAGAAUCUGGGCUCUUCCCAAGGGAAAAAAAAUCUGAAUUUGCUCACAGAGGGGUAGCCAAGCAGGAGAUGCUGGAGGAGAGACAAAUUGGUAAUAUAAAAAUUAAACCUGCACAGUGGAUUGAGGGAGUUGAGAAGGGUGUUUUGUGGGUGGAAGUCUGUGCCUAAAACCAUCCUGGGGGUCUUUACCCCUCACCAGCAUAGAGGCUUAGAAAUCUUACCUAAUACCUCAAGAGCAGCUUUGUUCCCAUUUCUCACAAAUGUAAAAAAUACAUCACACAUGAGCCACUCCCAGAUGAAGCCAGAGGUGCCCCCUCUGCCUCCUUUUGCUAAUGAGGAACCAUCUGAACUCUAUGAGACUGUCAUAUCCAAUAGCUUUUAUCCACCCUUGAUGCAAUGCAAGUCAUGGACCCUGGCUGCACCCUUCAAAGAGCAGCACCACCAUCGUGGACCCAGUGACUCCAUUGCCAACAACUACUCCUUGAUGGCCCAGGACCUGAAACUGAGGGACCUGCUGAAGGUCGACCAGCCGGUCACCAUCAGUGUCCCUAGGAAAAGGAUGGAUCAGGAGCUGCUAUCAGCAACUAAAAGAUCAUCAGAGCCCAAAAAGAAGAAAAUGAAGUUCUUCCCCAGAGACAGAGAAGAUCUCACUGGGACCAAGAUGGUUUGUAACACCUCAACCUCCUCACCCACGAAGGUGGAGGUGGUAACAUCUUUGACCCUCCCGGGAAGCAGACCAAUGAGUCCAGAAGAACAGAUUGAUGUGAUGUUACAGCAGGAGAUGGAAAUAGAAAGUAAAGAAACCAGACCAUCUGAAUCAGAUUUGGAGAGAUACUAUUACUAUUUGACUAAUGGAAUCCAAAAAGACAUGAUUAUCCCUGAGGAGGAUGAAGUGAUGGCUCGGAUUUCAAAGCUGAUUUCUAGCACACUGCUGACAAGUCCCUUCCUGGAACCCCUGAUGGUCGUCCUCAUGGAGGAGAAAGAAAAUGACUAUUACAGUAGUCUCAUGAAAAGCAUAGUUGAUUACAUCCUCAUGGACCCAAUGGAGAGGAAAAGACUCUUCAUUGAGAGCAUCCCCCGAGUGUUUCCUCAAAGAGUGAUCCGCGCCCCUGUGCCGUGGCAUGGCAUCUAUAGGAAUGCCAAGAAAUGGAAUGAGAAGCAUCUGCAUACAGUGAACCCCAUGAUGCUCAGCCUGAAAGAACUGUGGUUUGCAGAAUUUAGAGACCUCAGGUUUGUUCGAACAGCAGAAUUACUGGCCGGAAAAUUGCCUCUGCAGCCUAAUGAAUAUCAGAAUAUGAUCCAGAAACACUGCAUGGAAGCUCGUGAAAUUCUUCUCAACAAGUGGAUCCCUACCUGCACCCAGCUUUUCAUCUCACAGAAGGAGCAGUGGGUUCAUUUUGCUCCGAAGAGCAACUAUGACUCGUCCCAUUACAUUGAGGAGUAUUUUGCCACUGUUUCAUCCUUCAUGUCACUUCAGCUCAGGGAGUUGGUAAUUCAGUCCCUCGAGGACCUUGUUUCCUUUUUCAUGAUACACAAGGAUGGGAAUGAUUUUGAGGAACCGUACCAAGAGAUGGAGUUCUUUAUACCUCAGCUAAUCAUAAUCAGACUCGAAGUCAGUGAACCCAUUAUUGUCUUUAAUCCAUCUUUUGAUGACUGCUGGGAAUUAAUACAUAACUCUUUCCUGGAAAUUAUUAAGAACUCUAAGGGGAUCCCCAAGGUGGAAUCUAUCCUAUUCCCAGAGUUGAAAGGAUAUAAUCUGAUUCUUGGAACCGUUAACUCAGAAGAAAAACUGGUUUCUGAUCUUUUGGAUCAAACUUUUGAGGUAUUUCAGAAAAAUCAAAUUGGCCCCCACAAAUACUUAAAUGUAUACAGAAAGUAUGAUGACUUGUUGGAUAACACAGCAGAACAAAACAUCACUGCAUUCCUGAAAGAAAAUCAUGAAAUUGAAGAUUUUGUAACGAGGAUCAAUAGCAUAAAAAAGUGGAGAAGUGAAAUUGCAUCCAUGCACAUUUCCGUGCCUUUGGCUAUGUUCUGCCUUGACGCCGUGACUCUAAAUUAUGAUCUCUGUGAGCGAGCCCAAAAUCUUAAAGACCGACUGAUUCAAUUCCAAGUGGAUAUAAACCAGGACAUGAAUACCAGCAUUUGUAGUCAGUACAGCACCAUUGCAGACAAAGUCAGUGAGAUUCCUGCCAACACUGAAGAGCUAGUAUUCCUCAUUGAAUUCUUAAAGAAAUCUAGCAAUGUCACUGUGUUCAAACUCAGGAGGCAACUUAGAGAUGCAGUUGAACGGCUAGAGUUCCUAAUGGACUACGCAGACUUGCCCCAAGAGGAUAUCAAAUUGAACAGCACUCUGUUCCUCUGGCCAGACCAGAUUGAAGAUAUCUUUGAGAACAGCCAAAACCUGCUCCUUAGCAAGAGGGAUCAGGUGGAGAUGGACCUGAUUAAAAGGUGCUCAAAAUUUGAGUCGAAACUUGAGGGCUACAACAAGGAGCUAGAAGGAUUUAGGAAACGUGAAGUGAUGUCUACAGAAGAAAUGAAGAACAAUGUUGAAAAGCUUCAUGAGCUUUCAAAGAACCUAGAGCAAGCACUGGUGGAAUUUGAGUCAAUCAAUAAGGAGGAGGAUCUGUUGGAAAAGGAGAAGAGCACGUUCCCUCUCCUGCAAACCGUAUUGACCAACAAAGUGCCUUACGAGCAAUUGUGGGUGACAGCCUAUGAAUUCAGCAUCAAGUCGGAGGAGUGGAUGAAUGGACCUGUCUUCUUACUGAAUGCUGAGGCAGUUGCAGAGGAAAUUGGGAAUAUGUGGAGGACAAUAUAUAAAUUGACCAAGACUCUUAUUGACGUGCCUGCACCCAGGCGCUUGGCAGAGAAUGUGAAAAUCAAGAUUGAUAAAUUCAAGAAGCACAUACCUAUCCUCAGCAUUUCCUGCAACCCAGGAAUGAAAGACCGGCACUGGCAGCAGAUCAGUCAGAUUGUUGGUUGUGAAAUAAAGCCCACUGAAACGACUUGCCUCUCAAAUAUGCUGGAAUUUGGAAUCGGCAAAUUCAUUGACAAACUGGAGCCCAUUAAUGCAGCUGCCAGUAAAGAAUACUCUCUGGAGAAAAACUUGGAGAAAAUGAAAUUAGACUGGGUCAACAUGACGUUCAACUUCAUGAAGUACAGGGACACUGAUACAAGCAUCUUGUGUACAGUUGAUGACAUUCAGCUACUACUCGAUGAUCACGUGAUAAAGACCCAGACCAUGUGUGGCUCCCCAUUCAUCAAACCAAUUGAAGCAGAAUGCUGGAAGUGGGAAGAAAAGCUAGUUCGUGUACAGGAAAUUUUGGAUGCCUGGUUGAAAUGCCAAGCCACCUGGCUGUAUCUGGAACCGAUCUUCAGUUCAGAGGACAUCAUAGCCCAGAUGCCAGAAGAGGGCAGAAAAUUUGCCAUUGUUGAUAGUUACUGGAAAUCACUCAUGUCCCAAGCGGUGAAAGAUUCCAGGGUUCUGAUGGCAGCAGAUCAGCCACGGAUGUCCGAGAAGCUUCAAGAAGCCAAUCUUCUGUUGGAGGACAUCCAGAAGGGGCUGAAUGAUUACUUGGAGAAGAAGAGACUAUUUUUCCCCAGGUUCUUCUUCCUGUCAAAUGAUGAACUGCUAGAGAUCUUAUCAGAGACAAAGGAUCCCUUUCGAGUGCAGCCACACUUGAAGAAAUGCUUUGAAGGAAUCGCCAAGCUGGAGUUUACAGACAGUCUGGAGAUUGUGGGCAUGAUCAGCUCAGAAAAAGAAACCGUUCCUUUCAAACAGAAAGUCUAUCCGAUUCAAGCCAAAGGCAUGGUAGAGAAGUGGCUCCAGCAGGUGGAGCAGAUGAUGGUUGCCAGCAUGCAGGAAGUUAUUAGACUUGGGAUUGAAGCAUAUGUGCAGGUCCCUCGUGAUCAGUGGGUCUUGCAGUGGCCUGGCCAGGUGGUUAUCUGUGUCUCCUCCGUAUUUUGGACUCAGGAGGUGUCCCAAGCCCUGGUUGAAAAGACUCUACCGGAUUUUCUGAAAAAGAGCAAUAAUCAAAUUGCCCAGAUUGUCCAGCUGGUGCGAGGGAAGCUGAGCAGUGGGGCUCGACUGACCCUGGGGGCCCUCACAGUCAUUGAUGUCCAUGCUCGUGACGUGGUGGCCAAGUUAUCAGAACAAGAUGUCUGUGAUCUGAACGAUUUCCAGUGGAUCUCCCAGCUGCGCUACUACUGGGAUACAAAGGAUGUGCAGGUGCAGAUGAUCACUACAGAAGCCUUGUACGGCUAUGAGUACCUGGGAAACUCCCCCCGGCUGGUGAUAACACCCCUCACUGACCGCUGCUACAGGACACUCAUGGGGGCUUUGAAGCUGAACCUUGGGGGAGCUCCAGAGGGCCCAGCUGGGACAGGCAAGACAGAAACCACCAAAGAUCUGGCCAAAGCAUUAGCCAAGCAGUGUGUGGUCUUCAACUGCUCAGAUGGCCUGGAUUACAAAGCCAUGGGGAAGUUCUUCAAGGGGCUGGCUCAGGCUGGAGCUUGGGCCUGCUUUGACGAGUUCAACAGGAUUGAGGUGGAAGUGCUGUCUGUGGUAGCCCAGCAGAUUCUCAGCAUUCAACAAGCCAUUAUUCAGAAGCUAAGGAUGUUCAUCUUUGAAGGCACCAAGCUCUCUCUGAACCCCACUUGUGCUGUCUUCAUCACCAUGAACCCCGGGUAUGCUGGCAGGGCUGAGCUGCCAGAUAAUCUCAAGGCCUUAUUCCGGACAGUGGCCAUGAUGGUACCAGAUUAUGCCCUCAUUGGAGAAAUCUCCCUCUAUUCCAUGGGAUUUCUGGACUCCAGAAGUCUUGCCCAGAAGAUUGUUGCAACCUACCGCCUGUGCUCGGAGCAACUGUCCUCCCAGAAUCACUAUGACUAUGGCAUGCGUGCUGUCAAGUCUGUGCUCACUGCUGCAGGCAACCUGAAGCUCAAGUGCCCGGAAGAGAAUGAGAGUGUCUUGCUGCUCCGGGCCUUGCUUGAUGUCAACCUGGCCAAGUUCUUAGCUCAAGAUGUCCCCUUGUUUCAGGGAAUUAUAUCAGAUUUGUUUCCUGGAGUUGUUCUUCCGAAGCCAGACUAUGAAGUUUUCAUGGAAGUGCUGAAUGAGAACAUCAAAAAGAUGAAACUCCAGCCAGUACCUUGGUUUAUUGGGAAAAUUAUCCAGAUCUACGAGAUGAUGCUGGUACGACAUGGCUAUAUGAUUGUCGGAGACCCCAUGGGUGGCAAGACCUGUGCUUACAAAGUGUUGGCUGCAGCUCUGGGUGAUUUAUAUGCAGCUAACCAGAUGGAGGAAUUUGCUGUGGAGUACAAGAUAAUCAACCCCAAGGCUAUCACCAUGGGGCAGCUGUAUGGGUGCUUUGACCAAGUGAGCCACGAAUGGACAGAUGGUGUCCUUGCCAAGGCUUUCCGGGAGCAAGCGUCUUCAAUGUCUGAUGACCGCAAGUGGAUUAUAUUUGAUGGGCCAGUAGAUGCUGUUUGGAUUGAAAAUAUGAACACUGUUCUGGAUGACAACAAAAAGCUGUGUUUAAUGAGUGGAGAGAUUAUCCAGAUGAGCUCCAAGAUGAGUCUGAUCUUUGAGUCUGCUGACCUGGAACAGGCCUCUCCAGCUACUGUGAGCAGGUGUGGGAUGAUUUACAUGGAGCCCCAUCAGCUGGGCUGGAAGCCCCUGAAGGACUCAUAUAUGGACACCCUGCCUUCCAGCCUCACUGAGGAGCACAAAGAAUUGGUUAAUGACAUGUUCAUGUGGCUUGUCCAGCCCUGCCUGGAAUUUAUCCGCCUUCAGUGUAAAUCUGUGGUCCAAACAUCUCCCAUCCACCUUGCCUUCUCAAUGAUGAGACUAUACUCCUCUCUACUUGAUGAAAUCAGACAAGUAGAAGAGAAAGAAAGUGACUUAUUUGAAGGCCUAACAAACCAACAGAUCUUCCUCUGGCUGCAAGGUCUCUUCCUCUUUGCCUUGGUGUGGACUGUGGCCGGCAGCAUCAAUGCUGACAGCAGAAAGAAAUUUGAUCUGUUUUUCCGCAACCUGAUUAUGGGUAUGGAUGACAACAACCCAAGGCCCAAAAGCGUCAAACUCACUAAAAACAACAUCUUUCCAGAGAAAGGAAGCAUCUAUGAUUUUUAUUUCCUCAAGCAAGGUGGUGGACAUUGGUUCACAUGGACAGAGUAUAUCACUAAAGAGGAAGAAAAUAUCCCAGCUAAUGCAAAGGUCUCAGAACUCAUCAUCCCCACGAUGGAGACAGCCCGGCAGUCAUUCUUCUUGAAAACCUACCUGGAUCAUGAGAUUCCCAUGCUGUUUGUGGGGCCCACAGGCACCGGCAAAUCCGCCAUCACCAACAAUUUCCUUCUCUGCCUUCCCAAAAAUACAUACCUGCCCAACUGCAUCAAUUUCUCUGCCAGAACUUCAGCCAAUCAGACCCAGGAUAUCAUCAUGUCCAAGCUGGAUCGACGGCGGAAGGGCUUUUUUGGGCCUCCCUUAGGGAAGAAAGCAGUGGUAUUUGUGGAUGACCUCAACAUGCCAGCCAAAGAGGUGUAUGGGGCCCAGCCGCCCAUUGAGCUCCUGAGACAAUGGACUGACCAUGGUUACUGGUUUGACAAGAAGGACACAAACAGGCUGGACAUCGUGGAUGUGUUGCUUGUGACAGCCAUGGGCCCCCCUGGGGGAGGAAGGAAUGACAUCACUGGACGAUUCACUCGCCAUCUGAAUAUUGUUUCCAUCAAUGCCUUCCAGGAUGACAUUUUAAUCAAGAUUUUCAGUUCUAUCACUGACUGGCACUUCGGAAGAGGUUUUGAAGUGAUGUUCUUAAGAUAUGGAAAGAUGCUGGUACAAGCUACUAUGACAAUUUAUAAAGCUGCAGUGAAGAAUUUCUUGCCAACUCCUUCCAAGUCCCAUUAUGUCUUUAACCUGCGGGACUUCUCACGGGUGAUCCAAGGGGUACUGCUUUGCCCUCACACCCACCUGCAGGAUGUAGAAAAAUUUAUCCGGCUUUGGAUCCAUGAGGUUUAUCGGGUCUUCUGUGACCGUCUGAUUGACAAUGAGGACAGGCAGGUCUUCUUCAACAUGGUGAAGGAAACCACUUCCAGUUGCUUCAAGCAAACAGUGGAGAAGGUUCUUAUUCACCUGUCACCCACUGGAAAGAUUAUAGAUGAUAAUAUCCGUAGCCUCUUCUUUGGAGAUUUCUUCAAGCCAGAAAGUGACAAAAAAAUCUAUGAUGAGAUCACUGACCUGAAACAGCUUACGGUGGUCAUGGAACACUACCUUGAUGAGUUCAACAACGUCAGCAAGGCCCCCAUGUCUUUGGUCAUGUUCAGGUUCGCCAUUGAGCACAUCUCCAGGAUCUGCAGGGUCCUGAAGCAGGACAAAGGCCACUUGCUGCUGGUGGGCAUCGGUGGCAGUGGGCGGCAGAGUGCCAGCAAGCUGUCCACAUUCAUGAACUCAUAUGCGCUGUACCAGAUAGAGAUCACUAAGAACUAUUCAGGCCACGACUGGCGGGAAGACCUGAAGAAGAUCAUGCUGCAGGUCGGUGUGGCCACCAAGAGCACUGUGUUCCUAUUCGCUGAUAACCAGAUCAGGGAUGAGUCAUUCAUCGAGGACAUCAACAUGCUUCUGAACACAGGCGAUGUGCCCAACAUCUUCCCAGCUGACGAGAAGGCAGACCUUGUGGAGAAGAUGCAAACGGCAGCUAGGACAGAAGGCAAGAAGAUCGAGAUCACUCCUCUUUCUAUGUAUAAUUUCUUUAUUGAGAGAGUGAAAAAGAACCUUCACAUUGUCCUUGCCAUGAGUCCAGUUGGGGAUGCCUUCCGGAACCGCCUGCGGAUGUUCCCUUCACUGAUCAAUUGCUGUACAAUCGAUUGGUUCCAGUCCUGGCCCACAGACGCCCUAGAGUUGGUGGCCAGCAAAUUUCUGGAAGAUGUGGAACUUGAUGACAGUAUUCGGAUAGAGGUCAUCUCCAUGUGCAAAUAUUUCCAGGAGAGUGUGAAGCAGCUGUCACUCGAUUAUUACAACACACUUCGCAGACACAACUACGUUACCCCCACCUCCUACCUCGAAUUGAUCCUAACCUUCAAGACACUCCUAAAUAGCAAGAGGCUAGAGAUUGAUAUGAUGAGAAACCGCUACCUGACAGGCCUGCAGAAACUCGAUUUUGCAGCUUCACAGGUGGCAGUCAUGCAAGUAGAACUGACUGCCCUCCAGCCGCAGCUCAUCCAUACCUCUGAGGAGACUGACAAAAUGAUGGUGAAAAUUGAAGAGGAGACCAGAGAAGCUGAUACCAAGAAAUUUCUGGUACAGGCAGAUGAAAAAGAAGCCAAUGCUGCUGCUGCCAUUGCUCAGGGAAUCAAGAACGAAUGUGAGGGGGACCUGGCAGAGGCCAUGCCAGCGCUGGAGGCUGCGCUCACUGCACUGGACACCCUGAACCCGGCAGACAUCUCACUGGUGAAGUCGAUGCAGAACCCACCAGGCCCUGUCAAGCUGGUCAUGGAGAGCAUCUGUGUCAUGAAAGGGCUGAAACCAGAGAGGAAGCCAGACGCCAGCAGCAGUGGUAAAAUGAUAGAAGAUUACUGGGGGGUAUCAAGAAAGAUUCUUGGAGAUUUGAAAUUCUUGGAGAGCCUUAAGACAUAUGACAAAGACAACAUCCCCCUAGUCAUCAUGAAACGGAUCCGGGAAAGGUUUAUUGAUCACCCAGAUUUCCAGCCAGCUGUCAUUAAAAACGUGUCAUCUGCCUGCGAGGGUCUGUGCAAGUGGGUGAGGGCCAUGGAGGUGUACGAUCGUGUGGCUAAAGUGGUGGCUCCCAAGCGGGAGCGGCUAAAGGAGGCCGAGGGGAAGCUGGACACUCAGAUGCAGGAACUGAACCAGAAGCGAGCGGAGCUGAAGCUGGUGGAAGACCGCCUCCAGGCCCUGAACAAUGACUUUGAAGAGAUGAAUACCAAGAAAAAGAUGUUGGAGGAAAACAUUGAACUCUGCUCCCAAAAGCUGAUCAGGGCAGAAAAGCUGAUCAGUGGUCUUGGGGGAGAGAAGGACAGAUGGACAGAAGCUGCCCGGCAGUUGGGAAUCCAAUAUACUAAUCUGACAGGGGAUGUGUUGGUCUCCUCGGGGACUGUGGCUUACUUGGGGGCUUUUACAGUAGAUUACCGGUCUCGGUGCCAAAAGCAGUGGUUGGCCCAAUGUAAGAACAAGGUCAUCCCUGGCUCCAGUGACUUCAGUCUCAGCAACACAUUAGGGGAUCCCAUAAAAAUCCAUGCUUGGCAGAUUGCUGGGCUGCCCAUUGACUCCUUCUCCAUUGACAAUGGCAUCAUUGUGUCCAAUUCCAGACGCUGGGCCUUAAUGAUUGAUCCUCAGGGUCAAGCUAAUAAGUGGAUCAAAAACAUGGAGAAGGCGAAUAAGCUGUCAGUCAUCAAGUUCUCUGAUACCAGCUAUGUGAGGACACUGGAAAACGCUUUGCAGUUUGGUACCCCUGUCUUACUAGAAAACGUUGGGGAAGAACUGGAUGCCUUCAUUGAACCCAUUUUGCUUAAGUCCACAUUCAGGCAACAAGGGGUCGAGUACAUGAGGCUUGGUGAAAACAUCAUCGAAUACUCUCAGGAUUUUAAGUUAUACAUCACAACCCGUUUGAGGAACCCACAUUACCUCCCUGAAGUUGCUGUGAAAGUCUGCCUCCUCAACUUCAUGAUCACACCCCUGGGUCUCCAAGAUCAACUCCUCGGCAUCGUGGCCACCAAGGAGAAACCAGAACUGGAAGAGAAAAAGGACAAGCUGAUCGUGGAAAGUGCCAGGAACAAAAAGCAGCUGAAAGACAUAGAAGAUAAGAUCUUGGAGGUCCUCUCCCUGACUGAGGGCAACAUCCUCGAGGAUGAGACUGCCAUCAAAGUUUUGUCCUCCUCAAAACUGCUAUCUGAAGAAAUCUCUGAGAAACAGGAAAUUGCUUUGAUGACAGAAACACAGAUCGAUGAGACUCGGAUGGGCUACAAGCCAGUGGCCAUCCACUCUACCACCAUCUUCUUUUGUAUCUCUGAGCUGGCCAACAUCGAGCCGAUGUACCAGUACUCCCUGACAUGGUUCAUAAAUCUCUACGUGCGUUCACUCUCCCACAGCAGGAAGAGUGAAGAACUGGACCUGCGCAUUGAGUACAUCAUUGAACACUUCACCCUCAGCAUCUACAACAACGUCUGCCACUCUCUGUUUGAGAAAGAUAAGUUGCUUUUUUCCCUCCUCCUGACUGUUGGUAUUCUGAAAGAGAAAAAGCUAAUUAAUGAGGAGAUUUGGUACUUCCUUCUAACUGGAGGUAUUGCCCUGGACAACCCCUUCCCCAACCCAGCUCCUGAAUGGCUGUCUGAGAAGGCAUGGGCAGAAGUGGUUCGUGCAUCUGCGUUGCCCAAACUGAAAGGCCUGAUGGAACAUUUGGAACAAAAUGCUGAUGAGUGGAAGCUCAUCUAUGACUCGGCCUGGCCCCAUGAGGAGAAGUUCCCAGGAUCUUGGAACUUCCUUCAAGGAUUGGAGAGGAUGGUGAUCCUCCGAUGUUUGCGACCUGACAAGAUAGUUCCAGCCAUUCGGGCAUUCAUUGCUGAAAACAUGGGCAACGUGUAUAUUGAAGCCCCUACAUUUGAUCUCCAGGGAUCCUACAAUGACUCCAGUUGUUGUGCACCACUGAUUUUUGUGUUGUCUCCAGGUGCAGACCCUAUGGCAGGUCUGAUGAAGUUCGCUGAUGAUCUUGGCAUGGGAGGUGCCAGAACACAGACCAUCUCCCUUGGCCAAGGCCAAGGUUCUAUUGCUGCUAAAAUGAUCAACACUGCCAUCAAAGAUGGUACCUGGGUGGUCUUACAGAAUUGCCAUCUGGCCACAAGCUGGAUGCCUACACUGGAGAAGAUCUGUGAGGAGGUGAUUGUUCCUGAAAGCACCAACAUCAGAUUCAGACUCUGGUUAACCAGCUAUCCAUCAGAGAAGUUUCCAGUCAGCAUCCUCCAAAAUGGGAUCAAAAUGACCAAUGAGGCCCCCAAAGGGCUCAGGGCCAACCUUUUGCGCUCCUAUCUAAAUGACCCCAUCUCAGAUACUGUGUUCUUCCAAAGCUGUGCAAAGGCAGUGAUGUGGCAAAAGUUGUUAUUUGGCCUUUGUUUCUUUCAUGCCAUCGUUCAAGAGAGGAGAAACUUCGGAUCCCUAGGUUGGAAUAUUCCUUAUGAAUUCAAUGAAUCGGACCUGAGGAUUAGUAUGCGGCAGAUCCAGAUGUUUCUGAAUGACUAUAAAGAGGUGCCAUUUGAUGCUCUGACCUACCUAACAGGGGAAUGUAAUUAUGGAGGCAGAGUGACCGAUGACAAAGACAGACGUCUCCUGCUGUCCCUUCUGUCCACAUUCUACUGUAAGGAAAUUGAGCAGGAUCAUUAUUAUCUCGCUCCUGGAGAUACUUACUACAUCCCUCCUCAUGGCUCCUACCAGUCCUAUAUCGAGUACCUCAGGAACCUCCCCAUCACAGCCCAUCCAGAAGUCUUCGGCCUCCAUGAGAAUGCUGACAUUACCAAGGACAACCAGGAGACCAACCAGCUGUUUCAAGGGGUGCUGCUGACCCUCCCUAGACAGUCAGGAGGGAGUGGCAAAUCCUCUCAGGAAGUGGUUGAAGAGCUGGCCCAGGACAUCCUCUCCAAGCUUCCCAACGAAUUCGACCUGGAAGUGAUUGUGAAGUUAUACCCUGUGGUGUACGAGGAAUCCAUGAACACAGUCCUAAGGCAGGAGCUCAUCAGAUUCAACAGGCUGACCAAAGUGGUUCGCAGCAGUCUCAUCAACCUUGGCCGAGCCAUCAAAGGGCAGGUCCUGAUGUCCGCAGAGCUGGAGGAUGUCUUCAAUAGCAUGCUUGUGGGUAAAGUGCCAGCCAUGUGGAUGGCCAAAUCCUACCCAUCGCUGAAGCCCCUAGGGGGCUAUGUGACUGACCUGCUGGCCCGUCUGGCCUUCUUCCAGGAAUGGAUUGACAAUGGGCCCCCUGUGGUCUUUUGGAUCUCUGGAUUCUACUUCACACAGUCUUUUUUGACGGGUGUCUCCCAGAAUUAUGCCCGCAAAUACACCAUCCCCAUUGACCACAUUGGAUUCGAGUUUGAGGUAACAACACAAGAAAGAGUCAUGGAGCAUAACCCAGAAGAUGGGGCCUACAUAAAAGGACUCUUCUUAGAAGGUGCCCGUUGGGACAGGAAAACAAUGCAGAUCGGGGAGUCUCUCCCCAAAAUCCUCUAUGACCCACUGCCCAUCAUUCAGCUGAAACCUGGGGAAAGUGCCAUGUUUCUUCAUGAGAACAUUUAUGUGUGUCCAGUCUACAAAACAAGUGCUCGGAGAGGCAUCCUAUCCACCACAGGCCACUCCACUAACUACGUCCUCUCCAUUGAACUCCCGACAGACAGGCCCCAGAAACACUGGAUAAACCGAGGGGUAGCCUCUCUGUGCCAGCUGGAUAACUGAUGGCCUCUGUCUCAACACAGAAAAUAAAAAGGCAUUUCAUUCUUGACUACAA